ACAUUUUUAUAUAGCUACCACAGUCUUUUGAUAUCACAUUUGUUUGCGGUGCAGGUAUCUAGAAACAUCUCCACAAUUCAACUAAUUUCAUCAAAUUCUAUUUAUUUAUCAAAAAAAAAAAUUGUAAUACAAAAUGGUCGAAGACACUAAAAAAUCUGAAGAACAAAUUGAUUUGUCUGGCGAUGGUGGCGUUUUGAAACGGAUUCUAGAAAACGGUUCCACCGAUGAACAGCCAUCGACUGGUUGUAAAGUGUCACUUCAUUAUACUGGUACAUUGGAAAAUGGUACACAAUUUGACUCUAGUGUUGAACGCAAUGAACCGUUUGAAUUCGAACUGGGCAAAGGCGUUGUUGUGAAGGGAUUUGACAUGGGUGUUGCAUCGAUGAAAAAAGGUGAAAAGGCGGUGUUCACCUUUACAUCUGAAUAUGGUUACGGUGCGGCAGGUAGUCCACCAAAUAUUCCACCAAACGCCACAUUAAUCUUUGAGAUUGAGCUGUUGGAUUUCAAGCCCGAAGACCUUAGUCCCAAAUCAAACGGUGCCAUUUUACGAUAUGUUCUUAAAAAAGCCGUCACACGUAAAACACCAAAUGAUGGAUCUUCGGUAACAGUUAAUUUAUCCGGUUCGUAUGAGGGACGUGUGUUCGAUGAACGUACCCUUACAUUCAACAUUGGCGAAGUUCCACAUGACGAAGUCAUCGAAGGUGUUCAAAAAGCCCUUACACAUUUCGGUAAAAGCGAAACAUCGAGAUUGAUCAUCAAGCCGGAGUAUGCUUUUGGCGCAGCAGGAAAUGAACAAUUCGGAAUACCACCCAACGCAACCGUCGAAUACACUGUUACACUUAAUGAAUUCGAACGUGAGCCUGAAUCAUGGAAAUUGAAUGCAGAAGAGAGUUUGGAACAUGCAAAGGUGGUGAAGGACAAAGCAACUGCUUAUUUGAAGCAAAAUGAAUACAAGUUAGCAAUUAAAUUGUACGAGAAAUCAAACUCAUUCCUAUCAAAUUGCACUACAUCGAAAGGUGCUUGUGAAGAAGCACAAGCGGUGAAAGCAGCUGUACACUCCAACAUUGCCCUGUGUUAUUUGAAACUAAAUAAUUAUUACGAUGCUAAGAAAGCGUGUGAGACUGUAUUAGAAAUCGAUCCGAAAAAUGUUAAGGCAUAUUUCCGUCGUGGUACAAGCUUGUUUGCGACCGGCGAUGCGAAAUCUGCUUUAGAUGAUUUUUUGAAGGUGCAAGAGUUGGAGCCCGAUAACAAAGCCGCUACCAAUCAGAUCACAUUGUGUAAGGCAAAGAUCAAGGAAGAAAACGACAAAGAAAAGAAAUUGUACGCGAAUAUGUUCUCGAAAUUUGCCGAAGCUGAUGCAAAGAAGGAAGAGGACAACAAAGUGGACUACAAUUUCGAAUCAUGCGGUGAAUGGAACAAUGAUUUUGUUGCCUUAAAUGGUGGCAGCGAAAAUGAAGCCGACCGACUAAAACAAGCCAGUCAAGUACUAGACGAUGUAAAUCGCAACGUAGUCAUGAUUUAAGAACAAACUUUGCCAUAUUUACCAUUUAAAUUAUUGUCAUACACAUAUUCAUUCCAAUGCUUUUGAAUCAAUUCCAAUCAUCAUUCACUUCAUAAUAAAUGUUCAGCAGUAAUCUAGA